AGCUUACUUAAAGCAAAGGAUUACCAAGAUGGUAAAAUGUAUUGCUACAGUUUUAAAUAUUUUUAUACAGUUUUUGUAAUCUUUCUAUAAUAACACCAUUAUAUUCAUUAGGUAAUGGUACCAAUGUUAGCCUUGAAAAAUACACGUAGAAAUCUUAAUUUCUUUUAGUUAUAGAUUUUAUUUAUUUAUUCAUGAGAGACAGAGAGGCAGAGACACAGGCAGAGGGAGAAGCAGGCUCCCUGUGGUCCUGUGGUGAAUCUGAUGUGGGACUCGAUCCCAGGACCCCGGGGUUACGCCCUGAGAUGAAGGCAGAUGCUCACCCACUGAGCCCCUUGGGCAUCCCUGUGUAGGGUUUUACUUUGGUAGAUGGGAGAUACUUUACGCAUGUUAGGUAAGCGAGGAUUUUGUGAAUGUUGGAUUUGAAAUAUCCUCUCUGGAGCUGACUCAUGGUCAACAGAGUGGCAGAACUUGCUCCACCCCAUUGAGGGGUGGAGGCAGAUUGUGUGUCCUGUGGGCCUUUGGGGAGACAGUCAGGUUGCAGUGAGAAGAGCCUGAGGAGGAGUCUGGGGACUUGGGUGCUAAUCCUCGCCUCCCUGCGUCUGACCCGAUUACAUUUGGACAAGUCGAUUGUGACAUGGGGACCGAGAGCACGGAGGUAAUCCCCAAGGAAGAAGUUUCUGAGGAACCUGAGCCACGUGCGACAGGAUUGGAGACACUUCCCUGGGUGGUUUGCCAGGGCCAGGAGUUCGGAGUGGCCUGCGCAGAAGACACGGUGGACAGGCACUCGAGAAGGUCCACUGAAAGGAGCACGGGGCAGUUGUCCCCUCGGGGUAGGGGCCUUGUACCAGGGCCCAUUGUCUUUCAGAGGCCACCCCCAGGUGAGAAGUACGGGGAGCGUGGGGAGCAGGAGCGCACCUGUAGCCUCGGGGCACCCCUGCUCACGCCUCAGGCCAACCCCCCAGCUGAGGCCAUCCCUGCCUUCACCACCUCCCACCACAACCCCAUGGAGAAUGUGGAGUCUCCCCGUACGCAGAGAGCUCCUGUGGGUGAGAAGCCUCACAGGUGCAAAGAGUGCGGCAAGGCCUUCAACCAGAACUCGCAUCUGAUUCAGCACCUGAGGGUUCACAGCGGAGAGAAGCCCUUUGAGUGCAAAGAGUGUGGAAAGACGUUUGGGACCAACUCCAGCCUGCGACGGCACCUGAGGAUUCAUGCGGGGGAGAAGCCCUUUGCCUGUAGCGAGUGUGGCAAGGCCUUCAUCCAGAGCUCGCACCUCAUCCACCAUCACAGGAUCCACACGGGGGAGAGGCCAUACAAGUGUGAGGAGUGCGGCAAGGCCUUCAGCCAGAACUCAGCGCUUAUCCUGCACCAGAGGAUCCACACGGGCGAGAAGCCCUAUGAGUGCAACGAGUGCGGAAAGACCUUCCGGGUGAGCUCGCAGCUCAUCCAGCACCAGCGCAUCCACACGGAGGAGAGGUACCACGAGUGCACCGAGUGUGGCAAAGCCUUCAAGCACAGCUCGGGCCUCAUCAGGCACCAGAAGAUCCACACCGGGGAGAAGCCCUAUCUGUGUAACGAGUGCGGGAAGGGCUUCGGGCAGAGCUCCGAGCUCAUCCGGCACCAGAGGAUUCACACCGGGGACAAACCCUACGAGUGCAAUGAGUGUGGCAAGACUUUCGGCCAGAAUUCCGAGAUCAUUAGGCACAUUCGCAUUCACACUGGCGAGAAACCCUACGUGUGUAAGGAGUGUGGGAAGGCCUUCCGGGGCAACUCGGAGCUCCUGAGGCACGAGCGGAUCCAUACCGGGGAGAAACCCUACGAGUGCUUCGAGUGCGGAAAGGCGUUUAGGCGGACCUCACACCUCACCGUCCACCAGAGGAUCCACACCGGAGAGAAGCCCCACCAGUGCAGCGAAUGUGCGAGAACCUUCUGGGACAGCUCGGAGCUGCUGCUCCACCAGAAGAUCCAUGUUGGGGAGAAGCCUUAUGAAUGUACUGACUGUGAGAAGACAUUCAGCCAGCACUCCCAGCUGCUCCUCCACCAGCGAAUCCACACGGGCGAGAAGCCGUACGAGUGUCAGCAGUGCCGGAAGACGUUCAGCCGCAGCUCCCACCUGCUCCGGCACCAGAGUGUCCACUGCGCAGAGUGAUGGCAGCCGGCGAGGGGCUCCGUGCGGACUUGCCGCGCCCAUAGCUUGCACAUCCCAUGCGUGGACAGACCCCCUUCUCCCCGUGUGUAAUGCAGCGGCUGGAAAGGAUGGACGCUUUUAGGAGUCAUUGGUGAAGUUUCGGUACCGGGUUAAAUCGUAAAAGCUGUUUCAGGCCUUAAUAUUCCCUCUGUACCCCUUGGCGCUCCCUGCCUGCUGCCCCCCUGGGUGGAUCUCGUCGCUCUGGGGUCAGUAGCCACCUUGUAGCCCAGAUCGUCACUUUCCAGGAAACGUGCAGGCACAUGAUCCCAACGCCACCCAAGGGUGACACAGCAGAUGCGUGAACGUGUGCCCCUGCGGUGUUAGGUUGAGGUGGAGGCGAUGCCCCCUGUUCCCUAACUGUGUGGCCCUGGGAUCCAUCGAUGGGCUCCUUCUAGCUUCACAGUCCUGCAGACGUGCUCCCGGGUUUCCUUAGAUGAUGGUGGUGUUGCUGAAGAGUGGGAAGUCCCGGGGAUACCCCGUCCUGCCAGACCGCCUCGUUCUCCUGCAGAGGGUGCAGGAUGGAGGAGACAGACAGGCCCUGGCCAGGACUCUGCGGGGCCUCAGAGCCCCGAGGGGCUUGUGGGUGAGGGGAGCGGGGGAGCCGUGAUGCUGCUCUCUCUGGGGCCCCUGUGCUGGGCCGGCUUGCCCAUGGGCUCAGGCUGCGCCACCCAGAGCCUCCACCUGGCUUGCCUGCAGCCCAGGGGUCCUCGUCGUCUCUACCAUAUGUUCCGUGUUCUCCCACAAGCUGCUGCUUCUCCGAGGAAACAUCCUGGGGUCUCCAUGUGCCCACGUGUCUGAGGUGCCAAGUGGCGGCUAGCACCUGGGGGCCCCUGCCUGCUCUUACCAUGAAGGGAGGGGUUUUGGACUCCGUGAGCUGUGGGGUUGAGGCAACCCUAUGGGCCUGGACUGCCAGGCACACCUGGAGCACUCUGCUCUCAGUCCCUUUCUGACCAGUCACCAGUGCCUCGCGUUCCCUGAGUGUGUGCUAGGUGCCGGCAUGCGGCCAUGCAGUCUCCGUGUUGGGUUUCACAGCCUUGCCGAGGAGCAUAAGCUGCUUAAGGGGGGUACUGUUUAUGUACCAUAAAGUCCACCUGUUUGACGUGC